UGUUCCUAAAUACAGCAGAUGGCCAAUCCGUUGGAGGGGAGGUAAUCAAGCUGAUUGACUUAUCAUUAAUCUGUGAUUUUACGGCUGGGCGAAUUUAUAACCAGAUGGAAUUGAUAAUAACUGUUCGCGCCAAAAGUCACUGAUAUGAAUUGUAAAUAGUAAAUAUCUAUAAUUAUAUUCCGUUGAAUAUUGAUCAAGUAUUCGAGACGAAAAUAACCAUUCUUAUAUUAUAACUAUAAUAUUAUAUCGUCAUUCGUCAUAUCGAGUUAAUGAGACCGUACCUAUUACUUAUCUAUGACUAGUGACUGUAGUUGAGAAUAAACGUAAUUCGUAUCUCCGUUUAUUUUUUAUUUAGUAUUGUGUUCUUAUAAGCCUUAUAAAAAUGGAAAUAACAUUUACACAUGAAGAUUGUGUUUAUGUCAAAUGUUUAGACAUAGAAACGAUGUGUUCAUCAUUUGAUCAUGAUCUUGAUAAUGAUGUAUUGUGUUUUAACAUACAUACAAUUUUGUCAAAAGAGUGUGUUCAUCUAAAAAAAAACGACGUAAUAAGGGUGGAAAUACCUGAAUGGGGUAUGAAAUAUGAUGUCACUAUGAAUGGAAAGUUUGAAAAUAACAAAGCUUCAAUUAAAAGUACAACUGAAAUAAUGUCAAAUUUGAAUGCAGUUAAAAAACUUGAAGAUAAACCUGAAUCAAAACUGUGGACUUCAACAGGUAUUAAAUUACUUAUAGAAAAUCGAAGUACUUUUGAAGAAGAUUUCAAUAGUAAUAAAAAAAAUUACAAAAUAUGGGAAAAAAUAGCAGACAAAUUAUGUAAAAGUGGAAUUAUUGUAUCUGGAUCAAAUUGCAAUGUAAAAUUUAAAAACUUAAUGGCAACAUUUAGAGACAAUGUCCAUAGAGCCAACACAUCAGGAGAAGGUGGCAUUAGCUGGGAAUAUUAUCCCUUAAUGAAAAAAUAUUUUGGGAAAAAAGAUUCUGUUGCACCCAAAAAAAAUACUCUGUUAGAAAGUUCUUUGCCCAAUUCAAAACCUAACUUAGAUGAUAGUAGACAAAUAGCAAGCACAUCAUCCAUUCAUGAUGAAGAAUUAACAGAUACUCCGCCAACAAAGAAGAAGAAAACUUUUCAUGAAGUUUUAUUAGAAGAGAUGAAAGAAGACCGUAAGUCCAGAGACGAAUUUCAAAAAAAAUUAGAAAAUUUUAUGGACAUGUUGAUAAAGAUAGAAAAUGCCAAACUAGAUAAAAUGACCUGAUUAGUGUUUUAUUUGUGAUUGUUUAUUUUAAGAAAUACAGUUUUUUUUUAAUUUCAUUUAUCUAUAAAAAGUUAUGUUUUUUUUGUUAAGUUGUGUUUGAAUGGUUAUAAAUUUGUAUAAUUUUGUUUUUGAUUUCAAGUUAUUAAAAUACAGUAUAAACUAAAUCA